AUGAGGUUCGUUGAUGAAUCGCCAAAUGGUGUUUUAUAUUCCUGUAGACUUGGCUUCUCCCUCGACGUCACAACAGCUGGGGUGUUCGAUCUCUGGGAGGACACAGGCCGCACCGCUGCCGAGUACACGUUGACCAGGCCCACCUCCAAUGGUCUUCAGGUAGUAAUCAAACCCCAGGAACGACUCGCAGGCCGACUCUCGGCACCACCUCUUGGAACACAAGGAGUCAACCGUUGCCACAGAGCCCCUUAUGAACCCCCUCUAACGGUCCGGUACUCCACAACCACUUCAGUACCGGUGCCGGAAGUGACUUUAUCAGUGCCGGAAGUGACUUUAUCAGUGCCGGAAGUGACUGUGUCAGUGCCGGAAGUGACUGUGUCAGUGCCGGAAGUGGUUGUGUCAGUGCCGGAAGUGACUGUGUCAGUGCCGGAAGUGACUGUGUCAGUGCCGGAAGUGACUGUGUCAGUGCCGGAAGUCACUGUGUCAGUGCCGGAAGUGACUGUGUCAGUGCCGGAAGUGACUUUGUCAGUGCCGGAAGUGACUUUGUCAGUGCCGGAAGUGACUUUGACAGUGCCGGAAGUGACUUUGUCAGUGCCGGAAGUCACUUUGUCAGUGCCAGAAGUUACUUUGUCAGUGUCGGAAGUGACUUUGUCAGUGCCGGAAGUCACUUUGUCAGUGCCGGAAGAGACUUUGUCAGUGCCGGAAGUGACUUUGUCAGUGCCGGAAGUGAUUUGGAAUUUGUCAGCGCCGGAAGUAACUUUGUCAGUGCUGGAAGUGAAUUUGUCAGUGCCGGAAGUAACUUUGUCAGUGCCGGAAGUGAAUUUCUCAGUGCCGGAAGUAACCUUUUCAGUACCGGAAGUGAUUUCGUCAGUGCCGGAAGAUACUUUGUCAGUGCCGAAAGUGACUGUGUCAGUGCUGGAAGUGACUGUGUCAGUGCCGGAAGUGACUUUGUCAGUGCCGGAAGUGACUUUGUCAGUGCCAGAAGUAACCUUUUCAGUGCCGGAAGUGACUUUGCCAGUGCCGGAAGUGACUUUGCCAGUGCCGGAAGUGACUGUGUCAGUGCCGGAAGUGACUUUGCCAGUGCCGGAAGUGACUUUGCCAGUGCCGGAAGUGACUGUCAGUGCCGGAAGUGACUUUGUCAGUGCCGGAAGUGACUUUGCCAGUGCCGGAAGUGACUUUGCCAGUGCCGGAAGUGACUGUGUCAGUGCCGGAAGUGACUUUGCCAGUGCCGGAAGUGACUUGCCGGAAGUGACUGUCAGUGCCGGAAGUGACUUUGUCAGUGCCGGAAGUGACUUUGCCAGUGCCGGAAGUGACUUUGCCAGUGCCGGAAGUGACUUUGCCAGUGCCGGAAGUGACUUUGUCAGUGCCGGAAGUGACUUUGCCAGUGCCGGAAGUGACUUUGUCAGUGCCGGAAGUGACUUUGUCAGUGCCGGAAGUGACUUUGUCAGUGCCGGAAGUGACUUUGUCAGUGCCGGAAGUGACUUUGUCAGUGCCGGAAGUGACUUUGCCAGUGCCGGAAGUGACUUUGCCAGUGCCGGAAGUGACUUUGCCAGUGCCGGAAGUGACUUUGCCAGUGCCGGAAGUGACUUUGCCAGUGCCGGAAGUGACUUUGUCAGUGCCGGAAGUGACUUUGUCAGUGCCGGAAGUGACUUUGCCAGUGCCGGAAGUGACCAUUGCAUUACUGGAGUGAUGGCCAUACCCCCAUAG